AUGUCGAAUAAAGAUUCGGUCGUCUAUCAUUACCUCGCCAUCGGCAAGCUUGGCCGCGGUGAGCCCAUCAAGCUGUUCAUGAUGGAUGCUGGCAUUGAUUUCGAGGAGCGCCGAUAUGCAAGGGAUGAUACUUGGCCCGCAACGAAGGAGAAGUUGAUCAAACAAGGUCUGAGCAGAAACGGCCAGGUGCCUUCUCUCGAGUACAAGGGACUUGUCCUUACCAACCAUAUUCCGAUUCUGCGCUAUCUGUCUCGAGAUCUCGGCCGCUAUGACGGCCAGACUAGCGAGGAUAAGUAUUUGACAGACUUGGUGUCUGAUGUCUAUAUCGAUUGGAGAGCCCAAUGGGUCAGAAACCUGAAGGAAGGCCCUCGACCCGAGUACAAGGAGACUGCCGCUCCCCAGUACUACGAUCUCAUCGGAAAGUACUAUUCCGACCGCGAAGGACCUUAUCUUCUCGGCGAUGAGAUUAGCUAUACCGACUUCGCUGUAUACGUAUCGAUCGACAACGAUGCACGAACCAAGACACUUCCAGAGAAUCUGCCCGAGUCUCUGCUGGAGUUCAAGGCUGCCUUCGAGGCGAGACAAAAGCUUGUAGAGUACAUCAAGCAGGAUUGA